UCGGCGUUGUCACGGGACAACAGCAUGUUAGCGUGCAGAUAGUAGCACGGGUUCUGCGUAUUGUACUGCGAGUGUCGAAAUAUUUAAAAAAUGGGACGAAAGAAGAAGAAGCAGAUGAAACCAUGGUGCUGGUACUGUAAUCGAGAUUUUGACGACGAGAAGAUCCUCAUCCAGCACCAAAAGGCCAAACAUUUCAAAUGCCACAUAUGUCACAAGAAGUUAUAUACUGGGCCAGGUUUGGCCAUUCACUGCAUGCAGGUACACAAAGAGACCAUUGAUGGUGUACCAAAUGCCAUACCUGGUAGAGUUGACAUAGAGUUGGAGAUCUAUGGCAUGGAGGGUAUCCCAGAGAAAGAUAUGCAGGAGAGAAGACGAACAUUAGAACAGAAAUCGCAAGAGAGUCAGAAAAAGAAGCCGAACAACCAGGAAGAUUCUGAUGAGGAUGAUGAUGAUGAUGAGCCAGGACCAUCAUUUCAGCAACCUGUUCCUGCCCAGCCCCAGGCAGGCUACGCUGCUCCCAUGGCCCAGCCUGGUAUGCCUCCUGUGGCUGGAGCACCAGGGAUGCCUCCUGGAGGAUACCAAGGAAUGCCUCCCAUGAUGCCAGGUGUUCCACCCAUGGUGCACGGGAUGCCACCUCGCAUGCAUGGAAUGCCACCAGGCAUGAUGCCCAUGGGAGGGAUGAUGCCUCCCAUGAUGCCAGGAAUGCCGGGCCUGCCCCCAGGAAUGCCGCCCCACAUGGCUCCAAGACCGGGAAUGCCCCACAUGGCCCAAGCCCCUGCAGCAGGAGGGAUGCCAAGCCGACCAGCCAUACCGGCAGCCCAACCUGCUGUUACCAAGCCCCUCUUCCCCAGUGCAGCACAGGCCCAGCAGAGUGCUCCAGGAACUGUAGCUCCAAACUCCAAUAGUACAGCCGCCACCACAGAACCUCCCAAACCAACAUUCCCUGCCUAUACCCAGCCCUCUACUUCUUCUUCCUCUUCUUCUUCCUCUUCCUCUAAUCCCUCUAGCAGCACUGUGGCCAAGCCCCCAGUCACAGUGACCAGUAAGCCUGCUACUCUCACUACAACGAGUGCAACCAGUAAGUUGAUCCACCCUGAUGAGGAUAUCUCACUGGAGGAGAGAAGGGCGCAGUUGCCUCGGUACCAGCGUCUUAUUCCCCGGCCUGGCCAGGCACAUGCGGCCGCUCCCCCAGCCGCUGCGGUGGGCAGCAUGAUCCCACCGCAGCAAGGCAUGCCACCCCAGCAGCCUGGCAUAAGACAUCCAAUGCACGGUCAGUAUGGUGCCCCUCCCCAAGGCAUGCCGGGCUACAUGCCUGGAGGGAUGCCCCCAUAUGGGCAGGGCCCUCCAAUGGUUCCUCCCUACCAGGGUGGCCCUCCCAUGGGCAUGAGGCCUCCUGUCAUGUCUCCAGCGGGGCGGUAUUGAAACAGCGACAAGGUCACCCCACUAGGUUUGGAGGUUAACCUCUUUCUCUCGUCCUUGUGCUUUUUCAGACCUAGCCACAAGCAAUGGGCAGUAGGACCAGUCUGGUGAAGACAGAAAUAAUUCAAUAUAACACACAGACAUUUUAUAUAACCCUCCUCAUUGGGAAAAUUACCAAAUGCCACACCAGCUAACAAUGACCAAUUUGUCAUUGGAAUUUCAUCACAUGUGAGGAUAUAUUUUCUUAUGUUUCACUCAGGUUUAUAUAAGUGAAGUUUUAAUAUGAUUCGCAUUGUUUUGAAGCUGCUGGAGUUACAUGAACGUAUCAACCCCUUAAAAAGGCAAGUUUCUCCUGUAAAACUUUUGUUUUCCCAUUUGUAAUUUUAUUUUUUCAUCUUUAGAAUUAUUGCGGCCCUCACAGCACUCUAGGGUGCUGUUGGACUUGCGUCCCCAACCAUGGUUGGUGAGGGCCUCGGUGAUGAAGAUGAUAGUAAGUAGAGUUGCAGAUCUGUGAUUUAUAAGUCACUAGUUUCAUUCUUAUUUUCAGGUUAUUCUUAAUGAUAUUCCGUGGUCUAAAGAGUAACUGUAUACAUCCUUUGUAAUGUUCUAAGAAUCUAUGUUGUAAUAAAACCCGUCUUUAAAUCCAAUGCUGGUUUGUCCUGACGUACCUGAAGGUGAGUCGCCAUAAAGGUUAGUACUAGUGUUGUAUCUCUUAAAAGAAUGAAGGCUGGGAUUAACUAUAAGAUUUUACUAUCUCGCUACCCACCAAGUUUUCCACUAGUCAAGUUCCAUAUGGGAGGAUUGAGAUUUUUAUCCUAAAGCAUAUUUUUCGUGAUAUUUUAGUGAUCUAGUUUCCACCUUUCAAGUCAAAAUUUGUUUGGGGCAGCAUGACUUAAUUUACUUUAAAAUCUUGUAGUGUACUCCAGCCCAUGCCAUAAUAUUGGCUAUUUUGGUUCUUAACAUUGCAUGUUUAUGUGCAGUAUGUUAGCAUAUAUGCGGGUGUACAUUUUAUUGUGAAACUCUUUAUGCAAUAAAAGAGCUUCUGACCUCCGUUGUCUUAGAAGUAUAUCAUAAAAAAUUGUAUGUAAUUGCAUGGGAGUUUCGUGUUUACUUUUUUCUGCUGUUAUGUCAUCAAACAUGAUCAACUUUUUCUGCUCGUGACCCAGAGUUGGUUCAUUAAAAUUUGGGUUGUGUUCAGUGAGAGAACUGGAUAAUUGGCUGUAGACCCUGAGGAGAAACAACACUGCUUGCAUAGAUUUGGACAGAGGCUUAUUGAGGAAUAUGUCUUUGAAUUAUUGUGCACUCAGGUAAAGAAUGUACUGAAAAGAGUUAUCUGGUUUACACUGAAUUGUUUGUUCAACAUAAAGAAGAAAAAUCUUAUCCCUCAUCCCUGAAUAUUGUUUUUUCUGUCAUCUAUAGACUGGAUCAGCUCAGUUUUAAAAGCCAGUCAGCUGCCAUAGCUCGUCUGAUAAAGUGAGUGAGUACCUGCUGUUUGUAGUGUGACUGUAUCUGCAGGUCAAUGCUAGGUUUAAAAUUGGGUUUUCAGAUGUUUUUUAAGAUGCUCAAGCUGAAUAAGUAGAAAUACUUCAAUGUCGUCUUUUCUGUUGAAACAGAAAAUGACCUUAUUUUAAUUUAAAUUCAAGUGGAAAAGCCCUCUUUUUUUUCUUUCUCUUUUUUUUUUCUCGAUGGUGUAAAUGUCACAUUUUGGAGAAAAAGUGAGUGAUGUGUGGUGUGCAAAUGUCCUGUCUUGUCGGAGGCAUUAAAUUGGGGCUGACGUAUGGAAAAGUACUUACAAGGUGAGUUGUCGAACAUGGACUAUCAUCGUCUCAAGUAAAAAAAAAUUAGGUUCCUACACAUCAGCUGCACAAAUAUCUUGACCUCAUAAGAUCUUUGUCGCUAUGUUCAAAUGUUAUUUUUAGACUUGGUAAUUGUGAAAGUUGCAAGAAUGGGGGUGGGUUAACAUGUUAUCUGCCACCCACUUGAAUUGACCGCACUGGCCCACAUGGGAUAAACAAAUCCAUAUGCUAUUUGCCAAACAGUUUUGCAUAUUUUAAGUUUUCAAUUUGAAUUACUUUUCCCGUAAGUAUGAGAAUCCAGAGUUUCAGACUUUUCCCCUGACAAAACGGUAAUUAAAAAAAAUCAUUCCUUUCAUAUUUGGUUUCUCAAUUCUUGUUUAUUAAAAUGACUGAUGUUUUAGAGGUAAUAUUGUCGUUUGCCCUUGGAUCAACUGUUUGUAGUGUUUAAAUGAGUGGCUUUGAAAUGCAUGUUGUCCUCUUAGAAAUGUUUUCUAAAGACCAUUCGAAAAGGCCUCAGCAAGUUGCAGUUUCUCGUGCAUUUUAUGUAAUGAAACUACAGCGAUCUGGGUUUCAGAUUUCAUU